CUCGAAUGUGCGGAGGAGCUCUCCGUGACAAAGCAUCGGACCCAAUUCGAAUGAGGCAUACACGCUGAUCCGGACUUUGGAAGAUGGCUCGCGCGGCAGAGGAAUGUGCUCGUGCCAUUCGACGACAGCUUGGUCUACGUUUACAGAUCUAUUGCUUGUCUCGUAUUCAACGUCGUCGGCCUUGAUCACUGCAUGGAAGCCAGCGGGGAUCCGUCGGAAGCCAAGAGUGAGAUCAGUCGCACGAAUGACAGUGAUGAUUGGUUGCACCACAUUGAGGUGCGUCUCUGCCGGGUCCUGGGUGUGGUCUGGAUCGUUCGGCUCCUCAUUAUCUUCUUUUUUCGAUCGUAGAUGUCUUGAGCUCUUGUCAUCAUCGCUGCCUGACGACUUAUGCCCGUGUUGUAUCCCUUUCGAGGGCUCGGUACUGGAAGCGGAUGUUUCUACUAGAGGAGUUGGGGAAGUUCUAAGCGACGACACUGGAGAAAAGUCUGAUUCUGAUGGGGUUGAUGAGACACAUCGACGAUGAGUCAUUAUGAAAAUGAUGACUGAGGGAUGUAUUCAAACGAACAGUGGUCAUGAAACAAUGGCAUCCACCCUGUGCAGCGCCAAUGAGUUAACAGGAUAUCAUGAUAAGCGGCCUGCCAAAUAUCGGGACUUUCAAUAUAGUCUCAGUAACAAUAUUCAUGUCGUCAGAUUUGUACAGCAGUUUGAUGGCACGAUGAACUAGGCUUAAAGCGGCCGACACGAGAAGGCUGCGAACCUGAAGAGCAGUGCAUUCCACAAUUUCGUGUGAUUGCGACUUUUACUGUUGGACUGUUGC